AGUAAGAUCUUGUCGUUUCCUCUUCUUUUCUCUUCUCUCGCCACUGAGUGCUGGUUCUAUCUUCUUCAAUCUUCGGUUUACGAUCUGUGAGGAUCAAAAUCUGCAAAUCCGAGGGUGAGGCUUUAAGAGGAAGAGUGAAUUCAGAAAUGGCGAGCGGAGGAGGCUACGGAGAUGCGAACCAGAAGAUCGAUUAUGUGUUCAAAAUAGUACUGAUUGGAGAUUCUGCGGUGGGUAAAUCUCAGAUUCUUUCUCGUUUUGCUCGGAAUGAGUUCAGCUUAGAUUCCAAGGCCACUAUCGGUGUUGAGUUUCAGACUCGGACUGUAGUCAUCGAGCAUAAGAGUGUUAAAGCUCAGAUCUGGGACACUGCGGGACAAGAAAGAUACAGAGCUGUAACAAGUGCAUAUUAUAGGGGUGCUGUUGGAGCCAUGUUGGUCUACGACAUAACCAAACGCCAGACCUUUGAUCACAUACCCCGCUGGCUGGAAGAGCUGCGUAGCCAUGCUGAUAAGAACAUUGUGAUCAUUCUGAUUGGUAACAAGACUGAUCUAGAGGACCAGAGAGCUGUCCCCACUGAAGAUGCCAAAGAAUUCGCUGAGAAGGAAGGGCUAUUCUUCUUAGAAACAUCGGCAUUGGAAGCUACUAAUGUUGAGAUUGCUUUCUUGACUAUUUUGACUGAGAUAUUCAACAUUGUUAAUAAGAAGAACCUGGUUGCAACUGAGGAUCAAAGCAAUGGCAACCCAGCUUCCCUAUCUGGGAAGAAGAUCAUCAUCCCUGGCCCAGCACAGGUGAUCCCAGCUAAGAGCAAUAUGUGCUGCAAAUCAUCUUGAUUGGUUUUGGUUUCGGGAAGCCUGGCACUCUGUUUCUGGAUUAGUAUCAAUAUUUUUGAGCUGUCUUGUGAAUUUACUUGUACAUUUUGGAUUGUCAUGGCUUAGUUUUGUAUUAGUGUUUUGAAGGAACCCAUUUAUUCCUUUGUCCCCAUGUCGCGAGGUGGGAAGCACACAGAGAGAUGGUAAUAUAUCAGUUUUUGCAAGUUGAUUUUCUUA